AUGGUCCAACUCGCCCACAUCUUCAAAAAGGAUAAGGACAAGGACCGGGCGAAAGAUAAACCAGAGAAACCAGAUUCCUCUGCUGCCUCCACCGCAAGACCACCUUCCACCGCUUACGAUCUCCCCGACCCUCCUCCCCUCUCCCCGCGACCUUCUUUCUCCAAGUCACCCACCAAAUCAAAGUCGCCUUCUAAAUCUUCCUCUAAAUCCCCCUCCAAGUCGCCCACCAAGUCCUCCUCGCCGAGUAAGAAUCGCUUUUCGCAUAGUCGCUCUUCCUCUUCUACUUCUACUCAGAACGCCCCCUCCUUCAAAUUCACCCGGUCUUCACGAGACCAGGAUCUUCACCCGCUUAAUCUUCCACCCGACGAGCUACGCCGUCGACUCUCGGCCAUGGCCGCGUCCCGAGAUGACCAGCGGAGCUCAAUGGACAUUGAUCCGCAAGAGCCUCAGUUGAAGCAGAAUGGUACCAACGGCGCUGAGGAGCGCAGCCCGACUCCCCCGCCGCACAAGUCCUCCGGUUCAACCGAUGAGGCCGAUUCGUUCAAGUUGGCGGGUAACAAAUUCUUCAAGGAUGGCGACUACCGCCGCGCCAUCGAGGAAUACAACAAGGCAAUCGAGAUCAAUCCGAACUCGUCGGCCUACCUGUCUAACCGGGCGGCCGCUCACAUGUCCGCGAGGCAAUACCUGAAUGCGCUCGAGGAUAUUGAGCGGGCUCACGACCUCGACCCUACCAACCCCAAGAUCAUGCACCGUAUGGCCAAGAUUCUGACCAACCUGGGUCGGCCAGCGGAGGCUCUGAGUGUCCUGUCCCGGGUACCCGAUGCGAGCGCGACCGACCGUGCCCCCGCAGAGAAGAUGCAGAAGUUCAUCGCACAGGCUGAGGAGACGUUGGCAGAGGACCGUGGCGGAUCGAUGGCUAUCUUCUGUCUGGACCAGGCCCGUCAAGGCCUGGGCCAAGGCGUUAAGGAACCGCGCAAGUGGACCCUCCUGACCGCCGAGGCACAGCUGAAGAUGAACAACAGUAACUCUCUGGGCAAGGCACAGGAUCUCGCCAUCACCUUGCUUCGUGAGAACAGCCAGGACCCGGAUGCAAUGAUGAUCCGUGCUCGCGCCUACUACGCCUCUGGAGAGACCGAGCAAGCGUUGAAGCUGCUGAAGAUGUGCCUCGGGCUGGACCCGGAUAUGAAGCAGGCCAUCAAGCUGCUGCGCAUUGUCCAGAAGCUCAGCCGUACCAAGGAGGAGGGUAACGCCGCCUUCAAGGCCAAGGAUUACCGCCGUGCGAUCGAUCUCUACGCCCAGGCCCUCGAGGUCGACCCCACCAACAAGGAUAUGAAUGCCAAGAUCCUGCAGAACCGAGCUCAGGCUUACAAUAACCUCAAGGAGUAUGACUCGGCCAUCCAGGACUGCACCGAGGCGCUCCGCUUGGAUCCCGGCUACGUCAAGGCGAUGAAGAUGCGCGCCAAGGCGUACGGUGGUGCCGAGCGGUGGGAAGAUGCCGUUCGCGAGUAUAAGAGUGUUGCAGAGAGCAACCCUGGCGAGAAGGGGAUUCAGGAGGAUAUCCGCCGGGCUGAGUUCGAGCUGAAGAAGUCUCAGCGCAAGGACUACUAUAAGAUUCUGGGGGUGACCAAGGAGGCUUCUGAUAAUGAGAUCAAGAAGGCCUAUCGCAAGAUGGCUAUUCAAUACCACCCGGAUAAGAACCCGGAUGGUGAGCACGGCGACGAGAAGUUCAAGGAGAUUGGCGAGGCCUACGAGACUCUGAUUGACCCUCAGAAGCGUGCUGCUUACGAUAAUGGCGACGACCUGAUGGACCCAUCUGAUAUGUUCGGCGGCGGCGGCUUCGGCGGUAUGCAUGGAAUGGGAGGAAUGGGCGGUAUGGGCGGCAUGGGCGGCAUGAACGGCACACACAUCAACAUCGACCCCAACAUCCUGUUCAACAUGAUGAACGGUGGCGGUGGUGGUGGCUUCGCCUCAGCUGGCGGCCAUCCCUUCGGCGGCCAGGCUCGCGGUGGUGCCGGUGGAUUCCCCGGCGGGUUCCCCUUCUAG